GAGUGGAUCACUUGGGAGCUGGGAUUAACUUUCACGUUCGACCGAUCGGCCAUCACUCUCACUGACGAUCGAUCUGGAGAGGAUGGAGACGCGGAGUAAACCAUGGAGCUUUAUGCUGCUCGCCGUUGUCGUCGCCACGGGGUCGCUCUUGGUGCCGGCGGAGGCGGCGGGCUGGUCGAAAGGCUCGGCCACGUUCUACGGCGGCAGCGACGCCUCCGGCACCAUGGGAGGCGCCUGCGGGUACGGCAACCUGUACUGGACGGGGUACGGAACGGGGACGGCGGCGCUGAGCCAGGCGCUGUUCGGCGACGGCGCGUCGUGCGGGCAGUGCUACCAGGUGACCUGCGACCACGAGUCCGAGUCGCGGUGGUGCGUGCCCGGGAAGGCGGUGACCGUCACGGCCACCAACCUGUGCCCGCCCAACUACGCCCUCGCCGGCGGCGACGGCGGCUGGUGCAACCCGCCGCGCGCGCACUUCGACAUGGCCCAGCCCGCCUGGCUCCACAUCGGCAUCUACAAGGGCGGCGUCGUGCCGGUGCUCUACCAAAGGGUGGCCUGCGUGAAGCGGGGAGGGGUGCGGUUCACCAUGGGAGGGUUCGAGCACUUCCAGCUGGUGCUCAUCUCGAACGUGGCCGGGACCGGGGACAUCAAGGCGGUGUGGGUGAAGGGGACGGGCACGGAGAGGAUGCCGAUGAGCCGGAACUGGGGCGCCCACUGGCAGUCGCUGGCUGCGCUCGCCGGCCAGGCGCUCACCUUCGGGGUCACCGACACCGGCGGCCAGACCGUCGUCUUCCCCAACGUCGUGCCGGCGUGGUGGAGCUUCGGCCAGGCCUUCACCUCCAGCCUUCAGUUCUCCUACUGACUCUUGAGUACAUUCAGCGGCGGGACACGAGGUCGAGUUCCCUGGUUUGCUUCAUUGCUUGGAGGUUCACUUCGUCCUACUUGGGUCCGAUCAAUAAGCAGGAGCUUUUGCUACACCUACAUAAAUAUUGUUCCGGAAUAGUACACAUUAGUGCACACGCGCUCAGUAAUCAGCUCGAGCGACCGGGCUUCAUAGCUAUGCAUGUAUUAUCUUUUUCUCUUCUAAUACAUGUUGCUAUUAACAUUAAACAUAUUCACAUUGUUUAGAUUGGUUUAAGAAAAACUUCACAUGCAUUU